CUGGUAUUACUGGCUCUAGUGUGCGCACUCUCUUCCUUACAACUAGAAAGACCACGUGAAUACAUCUAAGCGUGAUUCGUUUUUGUGGUGCCGUGCAUACGUCUGCUAGCGGCGCUUCCCGAGUGCGUGACGUCACGUAAAAAUGGACGCUCUUGCAGAUGCUCUCGCUGGAAGUUUUUCCGUUUCAUCAUCCCUGAACAAUCCUUCAGCGCCCCAUCCGCGGUUGUCUCAGUACAAGAGCAAAUACAGUUCUCUGGAGCAGAGCGAGCGUAGAAGAAAACUAUUGGAACUUCAGAAAGCGAAACGUCUGGACUAUGUGAAUCAUGCUCGAAGACUUGCAGAGGGAGAUUGGUCACUGAAUGAUGAUGAUGAUGAAGUGAAGGAAAAUCUGGAAAACCCAAAAAAUAAUGAACAAGAUGGAGAGGAAGAGGAGAUGGAUGUGGACCCUGGAAAGAAAUUGCCUAGACAUUAUUCUAACCAACUUAUGCUCUCUGAGUGGUUAAUAGAGAUCCCUUCAGACCUGGCUGAACUUUGGCUACUGGUGGUAUGUCCUGUGGGGAAACGUUCCCUGAUUGUUGCUUCUCGGGGAUCCACAGCUGCGUACACAAAAAGUGGCUACUGUGUGAAUAGGUUCCCAUCAUUGCUGCCCGGGGGCAACCGACACAACAGCUCCACUGGCAAAGAUUAUACCAUUCUGGACUGCAUAUACAACGAGGAGGCAAGGACAUAUUACGUAUUGGAUGUCAUGUGUUGGAGGGGACAUCCAGUGUAUGAUUGUCAGACGGAUUUCCGUUUCUACUGGCUGCAGUCUAAACUCCAGGAACAAGAAGGACUAAGUGAGAUUUCCAAGCGCAACCCAUUCAAGUUUGUCGGCCUAGAUCAUCUUCCUUGCUCUCUGGAGUCUGUGCAGAAUGUUUUGAUGCAGAACUUCCCCUAUAAGGUUGAUGGCCUUCUUUUUUACCAUAAGCACACUCACUACACUCCAGGCAGCACUCCUCUGGUGGGAUGGCUCCGUCCAUACAUGGCCCCUGAAAUAUUAGGAUUUCCAGCUCCUCCGGGGCCUUUGGCAGAGAAGCCAUUUUAUGCCCAAGAGCAGAUGCGCCAGAUUGUAGAACACAAAAAGGGUGGGAAAGGUGGCGCAGAGGGUGGGAAGUACGAACUCGAACACCUUUCCACACUCCCACCCCCAGAGUGAUAACUUAGUAUGUGAGGAGGACGAUGUAAA